CCAGCAUACAUCCCCAACAAACUCUCAGAAUGGACCGCAAACGGACGGCGUCAACGUCGUCUUCAAUACAAGCAAGUCCGAUGAGUUAUGCGUCUUACGACGGACUCGAAGAACCACUCGCGUUCAAUUUGGAUGAGAGUCCGCAGUUUGAUCUGAUUGACUUGUUGGACUUUAACAAUUACGUGAAUUUGUCUGAUAUGAGGAGGAGAGGGAGUGAGUUCAAGAGAAGAAUCGGCUCCAAAACACCCAAGAUUGAUAAAGAACUUGAACGAUUCAAGGCGCGAUUCUCGAGACAUGUGGAUAAAGCCAAGACGAAGUGGAACUCCAAGAAUGUCGUGCGGACGCGGGAUAAGAUUGCAUUUGUGUUGGGAGUGUUUAAUAUCUUUGUCAGCGCGUUGUUGAUUGGAAUGGCGCCAGAGUGGAUUCAUGUCUUCUAUUCGGCUCAGCUUGCGUACUUCAUGCCAAUGCGGUACAUCUCAUAUCACCGCAAAGGGAUGCAUUAUUUCAUGGCAGACCUGUGCUAUUGGGUGAAUUGGCUCCUUGUUGCCUAUUUGUGGGUAGCACCAGGUUCGACUGGCUUGUUGAUUUCGACGUAUUGCUUGACGCAUGGAUCCUUGGCUUGGGCUAUCGUUGCUUGGAGAAACUCACUCGUCUUCCAUUCGAUGGAUAAGGUUUGUUCCCUCUUCAUUCACGUCUAUCCGCCCCUUGUCCUGCACACGAUCGUCCACGUCCUCCCUCGCUCGUACGUUGACACUCGCUUCCCCGCCGUACCUGCCGUCCAAACGCUCAACUUCCUGCCCGCCAUGGCCGUUGCCUCGAUCGCGUACAUGACCUGGCAAGUCCUGUACUACGUCUUCAUUCAAGUCCGGAAACAGGAGAAGAUCAAGGCUGGACGACCCACGAGUUUCACCUGGUUGCUCAAAAGCUACUCCAAGACCUGGAUCGGUCGCAUGGUUCUCAAGCUUCCCCAAGCCCUCCAGCCCUUCGCAUUCAUGAUGAUCCAGUACGCAUACGCCCUUGUCACCAUGGUCCCUUGCCCAUUCUGGUACGCAAACCGAACUUACGCCGCUGGAUUUUUGAUUCUGGUGUUUGGAUGGUCAGUCUGGAAUGGAGCGAAUUAUUAUAUUGAGGUGUUUGGGUCGAGGUUUCAGAAGGAGUUGGAGAGGUUGCAGGCCGAGGUUGCUGAGUGGGAGAGGAAUCCGGGGACUGCGCCGGUUACGCCUGCUGUGGAGAAGACGGGGAUGGAUUUCUCGGGGGGAGCGAUUAGUGAUGGGUUGAGUAAGUUGACAGCGCUUGGGACUGGAGAUGUUGGAGGUGGCAAGGCGGAGUAA